CCGAAUGAAGCUAAAGUAACACAAUUUCUAGUUGAUUGCGCUGAACAACUUUUUGAACCAGUGGCAAGCGGGCAAGAACCACCAGAAGCGCAUGAUGUACGAGUGGAAGCUUUUGCUAAAGCAAUGGCUAGGCAAGAGGGUCAUCAACUUCAUGUGGAUAUCUCAUGGCAAAUGCCACCGAAAAACAGUUCCAUCCUCUUACGCGCGUUCAAACUGCAAGUGAAUGGGACUGACGGUGACCGAUGUUUUGUUUUCAACGUUACUGAUUUCGGAUGGACACAGGAUUCAGCUUCGGUAGGUGCUCUUCAAUUUUAA